AUGCAUCCUGAUUUGUCACCUCAUUUGCACACUGAUGAAUGCAAUCAAUUUACCAUGGAAUUUAAAAACUGUAAUGUAGAGCAUAAAGUAUUGAGAUUUGUUGGUAGAUGUGAUAAAAUCUAUGAUCGAAUGGUCCACUGUUUUCACUUAGAGAGACAAGCCAAGCGCCAAAAAAAUAAUGAGGAAGCGAGAAAGCAUCAAGCUUUGGUCAGACAAAGGAUGUUAGCAGAAAUGAGAUCAGACAGGGAACAAGGAAUUGAGAAUUGA